AUGGUCAUCUGCACUCGUCGCGGUUGCGGCGUCGACUUUGAUCCCGCAGCAUCUUCUUCAGCUUCAGCCUCCUGUAGCUACCAUCCCGGCGCUCCCGUUUUCCACGAAGGUCUCAAGUCAUGGUCAUGCUGCAAGGACACCAACAAGCCUGUUAUGGAGUUUGACCAGUUCCUUGCCAUCCCAGGUUGCGCCUCUGCCGACUCUCAUACCACCGAGAAGCAAGCCGUCCCUACAGUCAAGAGCGGAACUGUCGUCUCUGACGCAAACGCAAAUGACUCUGCCCCUGACCUCAAGGUCGUUUCAAAGGAUGCCGAUGGUAAGGAGACAUUUGGCAAGGCCUCGGCAACAUCAAACGUUGUCCAGCCACUUUCUGGGUUGUCUCUCCUAGCAGCCCAGAACGCCGCUCAGUCCUCCAAAUCAGAGACCAGCGCACCUGUUCACAAAGAGCCCGUCGAAGAGGAGGACCCAGUUGAGUCUGACGCCAGCCUUCCUGCUGGUCUCGUAUGUAAGCGAGGUGGAUGCGGCUUCAAGUUUGAAGGAGGUGCUCGAGAUCGAUCAAAGGAAACCUGCAAGCAUCACAAGGGCUCGCCCAUCUUCCACGAAGGCUCCAAGGGUUGGUCUUGUUGCAAGCGCAGGGUACUUGACUUCAACGACUUUUUGCAAAUCGUGCCUUGCACCACCGCCAAGUCUGGUCACUUGUUCGUCGGUGCACCCAAGACUGCUGCAGACGGCAGUGCUGAUGGAGAGGAGAGCGUCGAUUGCAGAAUGGAUCACUACGAGACACCAAACGAUGUGCGCUUGACCGUCUAUGCAAAGGCUGUCGACGCCGCCAAUAGCUCCAUCGAAUUCAACGAGGACGGAGUAGUCUUUUCGCUCCUGCUCCCGCCAGCGACCGGCUCGUCUCGAGGACGCCGCUUCAAGAAGAUCCUCAAGCCCUUUGCACCCAUUUUGCCUGCCGAAUCAUCCUUCAACAUCACCAAGUUCAAGGUCGACCUUGUCCUCACCAAAAAGGCUAAGUGCCAAAGCUGGCCUUGUCUCGAGAGUGGCAAUCGCCCCAUAGGCUAUGGUCUCACUUUUGGUCGUGACAAGGACAAGUGA